GGUUAGGGAUCCAGCUCACUACCUGCCAAAAUGUGUAUUUGGAAAAUAUCAAAAAUCGCAACCAUUUGACUCAUGAAAACUGGAUGAGAGCUCAUAACACCAUUCAGUGGAUAAAGUUGGCAUCCCAUAAUUUUGCAAUGUUGGAUCAACUCUUUCAAAGAACUGAAAACCUUUGCAAAAUUUAAAUUGAUCUUCGCUUGCUUCAGGGGCAGUUCAUUCAAAUCAAGUAUUCAUAUGUUGAAGCUUUUUAAUAUUACUGUGGCUUCCAAAGUUCUGUUUGCUAAAGUGGGUUGAAUCUUUUAUUGGUUGUUCUUGAACAAAUAAUUUAUUGUUGUAAGAAAUGGGAGGGACUCCUUUAUAUGACAUUUUAGCUAAUAUCUUUUAUAUCAGUGUCAGUUUGGGGCUAAAUCAGAAUGAUUUUACUGAGUUAAUGCUCAUGAAUGAAUGACAAACAUGUCCCCUAUUUAGCUUUUAUUGAAAAUACAUUCAAUAUGUUUAAUUGUCUCUCUACCUCCAAAAAAUUUAUUGAAAAAGAUAUAUCAAUUAUUUCCUUAGUCAUAAUACUGAUUUUAUAAAGGUGGAAAAUUCUACUACAAUCCUUCCAAAGCCAUACUAUGCUUUACAAAAUAUCAUUUUUAGAUUUCCUUAUGAGUCAUACUUGAAUGACUACUACCAGUAUGUGGAAAAAAAGCGUUGCUUCAGAACAUCUCUGCAAUAAACUUUCGUUUUACCAUGAUUGAAAUUAAGAUGGCUGGUUGAUAGACAGCACAUGCCUUUCCCCAAAUUUCCCCAAGCAGAAGAAACAAAGGGUCUUAAUAAAAGUAGGGUGAUUUUCCGUGGAAAUUCUAGAACUUUCAGCAGUGUUACAAACUAAAAAAAUUGUUAAACUGGGUGUGCUAACAGUGCAGAGAUGGCAAAUUUCAUGAGAUUAAGGAAGUCUGAGCUAAUAAAAUCAAGGAACAAAACUGAUUAAACUUGAAGGAUUAAACAGUAGACAAGGCCCACAACAUAUUAAUUUUCAAAUUACAUUCCCUGUGAACUAAUAUUGGACCAGACUAUGCUGACUUUCCAGAAGAGACCGAAGACAUGAUUUUGUCAUCUGGCCUGGAUAUCUGGUAAUGUGAAGCUUGAAAAGUGCUAGAAAAUGAAGUCCAUUCUUCUGCAAAAAAAAUUUUAAUUUUUGUAAUUAUUUUUAGCACUUAUAUAGAUUUAUAAACCUCUUCAUAGUGGUUUACAGUGCUUUACAGAGUCAACAUAUUGCCCCCAACAAUCUUAGAAUAGAGUCUCAUGGUUCAGGGGACAAAGGUGGUUUUCUUUUCUAAAUCAGUGAACCAAACUAUUUUUAACUGGAGAAGAAUAAGAAAUGGCAGUUGUGCAUUUCAAAUGCAGUCUUUUGAGGAAGUGAGUAGUAAUGGCAGCUGUCUCACGUGCUAUUUAUGCUUUAGGUUGUUUCUUACACAACAACACAGCAGAUGAACAAGGGGCUCCUGGUGAGCAAACCUGCUUUUUACUGUUACUUGAUUUGAAAUUAAGGCUUCUUUCACUGGUCCUUUCUACCAUAGUCUUCCUGAAGGACAAGUCGUCCUAAUGGUGCAGAGGACUAUGUAAAUGCAGGUAAUAUUUCAUUGCAAACAGUUAUUCAUGUUCUUGGACCAUGAAGAGAGGGAAGAAAUAUUUCUGCGUUCCUUGACCAUCAGGAUCUCUUUCUAGGUUCCCUGUGAUCUAGAUAUUAGAACUUCUAAAUUUCCACCGCUAACCAGAGAGAGAUGCUAAGAGUGCCUCUGAAUGUAGACAGAAUGUCUUUUGCUUUCCACCAGACUUUUCAUCUCUGGCUCGCAAGCCGAUUGAUUUUUUUUGUUAUUUCACUGGCUUUGAAAGAGAUUAUAGUAAUGCCAUUUUAUAAAACUUUGCCUUGUGAUGUGAAUAAUAUAAUAGAUACUUCCAAAAUGUAUAUGCAAGUUGACUGCAGCGACCGUAAGCUCAUACAGUUUCCAAAAGAUAUUCCUCACAAUGUUACCAACCUGACACUUGCUGUUAAUCGCAUUCCAAAGAUUUCCAAAAGCCAUUUUAUAAACCUAAAAAAGCUUCUAGAAAUUGAUUUCAAAUGUAAUUGCGUGCCAGUCAGGCUGGGACCUAAAGAUCAUGUUUGCACCCAAGGUCUGAAAAUCCAAGCUCAUGCUUUCUCCAAACUCUCCAGCUUAAAAUCACUUUAUUUAGAUGGUAACCAGCUCUCAGCAAUCCCCCAGGAUCUCCCACCUAACCUACGUCUUCUGAGUCUUGAAGCUAAUUCCAUUUUUUCUAUCAAGAAAGGAAAUUUUUCAGGACUUAAAAAUUUAGAAGUACUCAAUCUAGGGCAGAACUGUUAUUAUCGCAAUCCCUGCAAUAUAUCUUUUGAAAUUAAUGAAUUAGCCUUUCAACCUCUCACAAGUUUGAAAGUGUUGUCUUUGAAAGCCAACAACUUAUCAAAGGUUCCACAAAACUUACCAUCAAGCUUAAGAGAACUCUACCUCUAUAAUAACGCAAUUCGAAAUAUCACUGAGCAUGAUCUGUUCUCUCUGAAUAAUUUGGAAUUACUUGAUUUAAGUGGAAACUGCCCUCGUUGUCACAAUGCACGAUAUCAUUGUAUUGAAUGCCCAGGAAGCAUUUUAAUCAAUUCCAAAGCCUUUGACUCAUUAAAGCAUUUAAAGGAGCUGAGACUGCACAGUACCUCCCUUCAACAUGUGGAUUCUCGUUGGUUUAAAAAUACUAGGAACCUUCAAGUGCUUGAUCUUUCACAAAAUUAUUUGGCUAGAGUAAUUCAGCAAGCUCAUUUUCUACAGUUUCUUCCUAAUCUUGUAGAACUUGACUUAUCUUUCAAUUAUGAACUGGAUUCAUACCCAUUAAACUUUAUUCUCCCCAAAACAUUUUCCACCCUGUCUAAUCUGCAGUCCUUAAGAAUAAGAGGAUUUGUUUUCAAGGAACUGAAUAAAGACACUAUACAAAAUUUAAUUCCUCUUAAAAAACUUAACAUCCUGGAUUUUGGAACCAAUUUUAUCAGGAACGUUAACAUUUCUAUGUUUAAAGAAUUCCAGAAUCUUACAACAAUAAUUCUUUCUUUUAAUAAAAUAUCUCUUUUUUCAUAUGAGCCAAAUAGCAGGCUUUACUCUGUUGUCAACUCAUCAGAUGAUCAAUAUAAUGGCAAUGUAUUGAAAGAUAUGCAGUAUUUCAGAUAUGAUGAAUAUGCUCAAGGUUGCAGAUCUAAAAAUACAGAGGAUAUUCAUUCUUUGUCUUUUGUCAAUGAGACUGCAUGCAGCAACUAUGGAAAAACACUUGAUUUAAGCAGAAACAAUAUUUUUUUUAUCAAACAGUCUGAUUUCCAACAACUUUCAGACCUUAAAUGUCUUAACAUCUCCAAUAAUGCUAUGAGCCAAGCUUUUAAGGGAACUGAAUUUGCUCAUCUAUCCAGUUUGAAAUGUUUGGAUUUAUCUAACAAUCGGAUUGAUUUGCUACAUCCGAAUGCUUUUCAACAGCUGAAAGAACUGAAAGUUCUAAAUCUUAGUGAUAAUAGUUAUUAUUUUAAGGCGGAAGGUGUCACACUUAUGUUGAACUUUACCAAAUGCCUGGUUAAUCUGGAAAUACUGAUUAUGAAUGGCAAUGAGAUUUCUGUAUCCACUGAUAAAGGAAUGGAAAGUGAUUCCAUCAAAACGUUAGAAUUUAGACGGAAUCGCUUGGAUAUUUUAUGGAAGGAUGGAACUAAUGAAUACUUGGCAUUCUUCAAGAAUUUGAUCACCCUGGAAAAUCUUGACAUUUCUGAGAAUUUUCUGACUUUGUUACCUCAUGAUGUAUUCUACAAUCUGCCUCCAAAACUCAAAGUGUUAAAGCUGGCCAGUAAUCGAUUGAAGACUUUUAACUGGGGGUGUCUUCCAGCACUAAAGAAUUUGGAAGUCUUGGAUCUUAGCAACAAUCAGCUGACCACAGUCCCACAUGAACUGUCCAACUGUACUAAGACACUUCAGACAUUCAUACUGAAAAACAACAAGAUUAGAAAGCUGACAGAUAAUUUUCUUAAAGAUGCUUUCUUCCUGAGGCAUUUAGAUCUUAGUUUUAACAAGAUCAAAACAAUCAAGAACUCUAGCUUCCCCAAAAAUGUUAUUAAUGGACUAACAACAUUAUACUUAAAUGGUAAUUUUUUCAAGUGUAAUUGUGAUAUUGUGUGGCUUGUCCACUGGAUCAAUGAGACAAAUGUAAAAAUCCCUUUCCUCGCAACAGAUGUGACUUGUGCAGGGCCAAGUGUAUGGAAAGAUAAAAGUUUGAUUUUAUUAGAUAUGCAUACUUGUGAAUCAAACUACUCUCAGAUCCUCUAUUUAUUGUCAGCUUUAUUCAUCAUACUUCUCAUGAUACUUCCAGUUAUAUGCCACCUAUAUGUUUGGGAUGUCCGGUAUAUUUAUCAUUUCUGCAUUGCCAAAUUAAAGGGAUAUAAACGUCUCUUUUCAUCUGAUGUUAAAUAUGAUGCUUUUGUGGUUUAUGAUAAUAAAGAUGCAGCUGUAACAGAAUGGGUCCUGAAAGAACUAAUUGAGAAACUGGAAGAUCAGAAAGAAAAAAAAUUCAAUAUUUGUUUAGAAGAAAGAGACUGGUUACCAGGUCACCCACUCAUGGAAAACCUUAAUGACAGCAUACAAAUGAGUAGAAAAACAAUAUUUGUGCUGACAAACAGCUACAUUGCAAGUGGCAACUUCAGAACAGCUUUUUAUAUGGCACAUCAGCGUCUUGUGGAUGAAAAAGUAGAUGUAAUUAUCCUGAUAAUUCUUGAGAAGCUUCUGCAAAUGUCAAAGUGUCUCCGUCUCCGAAAGACCUUGUGUAGGAGAUCUUGUCUUGAAUGGCCAACCAAUCCUCAGUCUCAGUCUUAUUUCUGGCAAUGUCUUAGAAACUCCCUCUCAGCAAAUAAUGAGUUCAGAUAUAACAAGCUUUUCAAAGAAAUGGUAUAACACUCAGUUGCAUUCUCAGAAAAUAUUUUGGAAAUUAUAGCAGAUGUAUGGGAUGAGACUGAAUCUCAAUCUCUAGGAGGAAGUUUUAAAGCAUUAAUAGAACCAGACAAACUUUUGGUUAUCUGAGAAAAAGUGCCCAGGAAGUGUAAUCCCAGAACUCAAUUUUCCAUUUAAUAACUGUUGAGUUAUGUAGGAAGCUUAUGCUGGUUUUUAUGAAUUCCCCCAAUCUAAGCAGGAAAAGUGAAAUGGAAGAGACAGAUUUUGGUUACGAAUUUUCACAGCAAGAAUUUAUGUGUUUUCCUAUGUAAGCAUGUUUUCUUUCCAUUAUUCAGUACAAUUUGAAAGAAAAAAAUAAAAAUCAAUAUAAUCUUUAGCAUAAACUACAAUUACUGUAUAUUUGAAAAUGAAGUAUUUUGAAUUGACUCACUAUUUAUUUAUAUAUGAGGGGAAAAAACUUUACAUUACAUAAUGAUACAAUAAAAAUAUGGGAAUUGUAACAUAAUGGGGAAUGCAUUCAGAAAUGGAAAGAAAGGAUAUGUAUGUGUGUGUGUGUGUGUGUGUGUGUGUGUG